AUGUAUCUCUAUGCACUUGAUUACGAGUAUAUCUACAACAACAAGACUGGUAAAUCUAGAAUGGCCAUCUACGGGAAGAGUUAUCCAAAUUUCCAACCGUGUGUCAUCUAUGUCAACUGGUCUGCGUACGUCUACGUGGCUGUAAGCGAAAGUUCGAUUUACAGGGGAGAUCCGUGUCAUCUAGACAUCAACUUUGUGCAAAACAAUAUUGUGGACGCUCGUAUUCAAGGAUUUAAGGCGUCUUCCAAGUCUGUCUCUGACGUCAAGUACGAAGUCGUUUCCAAGUGUAACGGAUAUGGUUAUCAUAACGACGAAGAAACUUUUAUAAGGGUUCGCAUAGCCGAUCCUAAAGUAUUACGAAGUUUGGUACGUUCCAUGCCUAUAGGAACGACCUUUUCUGGACAAAUUGAUAGUAUUAUUCAGUUUAUGGUUGAUAUAAAGGCUACGUCGUGGUUACAGUUUGACAAUGCCAAGACGGUACGUUCGUCUGGAGAAAGUACUUGUUAUUCUACUUGUACCGAAGAAUAUAAUGUUUGGGAUGUUAAACAAGUGCGCCCUGUACCCGACGAAACCGUUUUUAACGAGACUUUGGCUUCGAAAAUGUUUUUAUUGCAUUGGGAUUUUGAAAACGAAGAACUUGUGAUCAAGAAACUUUUGAGAUAUAUGUACGAUAACGCUACGUGUAUCGAAGACGUUAUCAACGAUUCUGAUAUACGACCCCUCACACACUUCGGCCCAACGCGCUAUAAUCUCGUGCUCACAAAGGGUCCUUGGAUCGGUGGUACUCCCAUUAAAACGAGAGUUUCCUGGUUAUCUACUUGUGUCGUCGAAGACAACCAAUUAAAAAAUUCGAUAUAUUACGUGGAUUUGGAAACGAAUGUAGUCAUGUGUACAUUCGCGCAGUUAUUAUAUGAACAAGGUUAUCGGAAAACUAGUUUUUCGUCCGUUCAGGCUUUGAGAAAAAUAUAUGCAGACAAUUUCGAUUUCGACAAUUUCGGUUUAGUCGCACAACUAAGCGUACCACAAAUCACUACGAUGUGUUUCGAUAUAGAAUGUAUCAGUGACGAUGAUGCAAACUUCCCAAUGGCAAAAGCGGGGGACCCAAUCAUUCAAAUAGCUUGCGUUACGGUUCGCGACAUGUGUCGGACCAAACUCGAAGAUUAUUCCAAACCUAAUGUAAACAUAUGCAAAACUAUAUUUACAAUUGGUUCGUGUAGUGAUAUUCCUGGUGUAGAGGUAGUUUGUUGUACUAACGAGAGCGAGUUGUUAUUGGAAUUUAAUAAUUACAUAGCUAAACGUAAUCCAGACGUCAUAACGGGAUACAAUAUUAUUGGAUUUGAUUUUCCAUACAUUAUGCAUAGAAUGGCGAUGUUAAAAAUUAACCAGACUUUUAGUCGUCGCAAAUGGAGUAGAUGGUCGUGUUACACGAAGAAACCGACUGGUCAAAUUGAGUUUUUUAAACCUCCUAGUAACGAGGAAUUGGCAGAUCCCGAUUGGAAGGCCAGAGUAUAGAAGGAAGGAGGUGGGAGAUCUUGGACUGACGAAAUAGCUUUGACAACUCCUUCGAGAGUAAUUAUAGACAUGUACAAGGUUAUUCAGGCAGGGCAAUUUAAAUUGCGUAGAGAAACGUUAGAUGCGGUUUCGUCACACUUCUUGGGUGGAGAAACGAAGGAAAAUGUAAAGUAUAAAGAUAUGUUUCGUUUAUACAAAGGCACUGCCGAUGAUCGAAAAAAAAUGGCUACAUAUUGCGUUCAAGAUACUAUGCUUCCACUUAAGUUGAUGACAAAAUUAUCGACGAUGGUGUCUACCAUUCAAUUCGCGAAAGUCAAUAUGAUACCGUUACGUUACGUUCACGGUAAGGGACAACAAAUACGCGCCUUUUCUUUGAUAUUACACGAGGCGCGCGAUAGAAACAUGAUUUUUCCUUCCUUCAUUCCUUUUAAACAAGACGAAGCUUUUCAGGGAGCCACAGUAGUUGAACCCACGACAGGUCUUUACAGAAGUCCAGUAAUGACUUUGGAUUUUGCAUCUCUGUAUCCAUCUAUAAUUAUCGCAUAUAACUUGUGUUUCACAACAGUUAAAUUACAGUUGUCGGUGGCCGAAAUGGUAUACCAUUAUAAACCAAAGGUUGUUGUGAAACCAAAAAAGGAGACCACUACUUUAAGACAAUUGACAAUUUUUAAUUGUAAGAGGCCAAGCGAAGUGUUGGAAUAUAGCAAACCCAAAAAAACGCCUGCAAAGAAAAAGUUUAAGACUAUUCACGGACAACGUCGUAUAGACGAUUUUGAUGUAAAAAAGCAAAACGCAAAUAUAGCUACUGGUGGUGGUGGUUCCAGUAAAUCUUUCGAUAACGAUGGAGAAGAUGAAUUUUUGGAGGAGGAGAUCAUUUCACCAACUGGAGAUCGUUUCGUGACUAAAAAUGUCCGUCUAGGUAUUAUGCCAAAAGUGAUUGUGAAAUUACUUGAUGCUCGUAGAGAAAUCCGACGACAAAUUGCCAAAGAGGACGAUCCAUUUGUGAAAAUGUUGUUAAAUAAUCAACAAUUGGCUAUAAAGUGUACUGCUAAUGCAAUGUAUGGCUUCACUGGUGCUUUAGAGAGGGGUAUGUUAUCGUGCGUAUACGUAUCGAGAAGCAUUACUGCUUUUGGGCGAAAAUUAAUUAAUCGAACUAAAUUGUACGUUGAUCAAUUUCAAAAGGAAUUUCGUGAUGGCGAUCGAAACAUUGGCGAGUUACCGCACGGUUUAGAGGUGAUAUAUGGAGAUACAGAUUCCGUGAUGGUAAAAACACCUGCAGAUACGUCUGUACAAACUGCUUUGAAAUGGGGUGAACAGCUCGCCAAAUGGAUAAAUAAGCAUUACAUUCGCCCCGUCGAAUUGGAAUUUGAAAAGGUAUACAUGCCAUAUAUACUGUUUACUAAAAAACGAUAUGCGGGACGCAUGUUCGUCGAUAUGAAUACUCCUCCAAAAAUAGACUGUAAAGGAUUAGAAAACGUUCGUAGGGAUACGUGUAAAUAUGUAUCGGAAGUGGUGUCGGAAUGCAUAAAUUUAAUUGUAGAACGAAACGAUCUGGAAAGUGCAGUGUUGUACGCCAAGGAGUCCGCUUUUCAGUUGUCUACGAAAAGCGUUCCAAUAGAUAAACUAUUAAUGACGAGAGCCUUGAGCAGAAAAGAAUAUGCCGUAAGCAUGCCACACGUCGAAGUCGUUAAAAAAAUAGCGCAACGGGCUCCAGGUACAGAACCUCGCGGCGGUGAACGUGUCCAAUUCGUAAUGAAAACUUUCACCCCGCUUCAAGCACAUUGUUUAAAAGACGCGCAAAAGAUAUCCAAUAACAAGGUUAAAGCGGCUCAUCGUGCCGAAGAUCCAUCGUAUCUUUUGAAUUCCACAGACGAAGAAAUUGACUACCAACACUACUUGCAUAUGUUAAAACCACCUUUAUUGAGAAUUUUUACCGUGGCUUUGAAUUGUAGCGAAAGUGAGGCGACACGAAGGAUCUUCGGAAAGUGCGAUAGUAUCGGCUAUCAUCCGUCUUUGGAAGUGUCCGCGCCUCUUUCCAAGUUUGUCGUCAGGAAGAAGAGAUGCACUACUUGUCGCCGUCUUCUUGAAAAUGGCGCUGUCGAUGCCAACGAAUGUGACGCCUGCAGCGUGAAGGAAUGCGGCGAUGGAAAUGUACAGAAUGGCGUCGACGAUGGGAUCAGGACACAUGCUCGACGUGUUUUAGAUUUUUUAAAUAUAUGUAAGCAAUGUGUUGGUGUUACGCGCGCCUGUGACAUUUCCUGUACCAAUCAAGACUGCAAGUAUUUCUUCACUCGGAAAGAAGCUGCAAGAACACUUAAGAUUAAAUACGAAAAUGUAAAGCACGACAAGUGCGAUCCCGUCAACUGUGAAAAUGAAUGUAUUAUCAAAAUGUCUAGAUUGGAAUUGAAAGAUAUGUUGGAGUGGUAAAUAAAAAAGUAUGGUCACGUUGCAGCCAUUGUUCAAUUAUUGGAAAAGCGGUGAUAAUUACGACAUUACCGCGUUUCAUACAGAGAUAAAAUUGAAAUGGAGCGAUGUGUUAAAAAAUCAACACAAGUUUUUGAGAUCUUUGAACAUAGCAACUAUAUCUCGAUGUUUAAAUUUAGAUGAAAAAGAAAUCUACAACAGAUACAUUGGUUGUGGCAUCGUUCACGGUGGAUUUGAUACAGUCUGGUGGAAUAAUUGUUUCUUCGUCAACGAACGAAAUCCGUUAACAUCAGAAGUUAAAUAUUUGAUAUGUAAAGAUGUAUAUAAUGAUCAUACUAACGAUAUAUUUUUUGGAAUUACUAACGAAACUUGUACAGCUCUAUUCCAAGCACAAACUACAAAGGGUACCGUUAAUACCGAUAGAGCAGACCUAAAAAAUCCACCAACCGUUCAGAUCGUUUUACUUCCCAAAAAUCCACUAACACAUUGCGAGACAAUAGAUGCUGAUAAAUACGUUGCUAUAGAAACUUUAAACAAUUUGUCCGUACAGUUUGACGUCGUUCGUGCUUUAUCGAAGACGUUGGAGGUAAUAUAUGCGGGGGGUAUGUCCAAUUCAGCUAGCCCAAUGUAUAUAUUUCCCAGUGUAAAACGUUUGCACAAGUUUAGACAAGUUUUAAAUAGUGCAACGUACGCAGAAUUGUACGACUCUCUUUUUGCCCAUCCUUUCUUGCACGAUUGUUAUUUAUUAGAUGAAUUUGUGAAGGAGGCAGAUCCUAUACUAGGCGUUGCAUCUUUUAGAGAAGCAUACGGGUUAUUGGCAACGUUAAAUAAAUUUCAGGAAAACAUAGAAAAUGUUUUUGGAAUAUUCGGUGUUGGAUUAUUCCUCCAUUCUUCUGGCAAUGUUACGAAUGUAGAUGACGAAGAGAAAUUGGAACAAAUUGCAAUGGGUUCUGCAUUAUCCAUAAUCUCACACAAUGUACCUGCAACGUCACCCAUGUUAACUUUCAAAGUACCCUUUGAUGAUAUUGAAAAGAGUAUUGCUCCAUUGAUCGUUGGAUUGGGAAAUACAUAUGCUAUGACAUCAUCUCUAGCACUUCGAUAUACUGCGUUAAUAUGGUUGUAUAAAGCAAUGAUCACGAAUAAACACAGAGCAAUUAUGAAAUCGCUUCAAAGUUGUAGGAAAGUAAUGUUGUACGUGUGCAAGACAUUGUUUCGAGAAAUGGAGAUAACGGAAUCUUAUUCCGAAACAUUAUCUAAAAUGAAAACUCGAAUUAUUCACGCUUUCAAAAUUAAUGCAGAAUGUUACACUUUAAUGAAUACUGUAACUAACUUUCCAACUUUACCUGUGACAAGUCCUCACGUUGAAGAAAUAAUAAAUAAGAGUACAACAACAAUAAAGUCUAUUACAGGUUUAAAGGCGUUAUUUACAGAAAUUUUAAAUUUAUUUAUAAGCGCUGGCACAUACCCCACGUGGGUGAAUGCAACUGAAUUUUUUAUAAAGAAACAUAAUAACGCUCCGAUUAAUACCAAACAAACAUUGUGUCAAUACAUAUUAUCAGACGAUUUCUCACUGGCAUAUGCACUAACACCAUUACACACUACACCGUCAUACAAUUCAUAUCCACCGGAUAAAGAAGCAAUCUGUACGGCCGAUGGAAAUAAAGCUUCUAAUCGCAUAUUUGGAAAAAUGUCUAUAUCAGAACGUUUGUUACUCAUAUAUUAUUGUUCGUCUGAUACACCAAAGAAGACUUUUAAGGAAGGAUCAAAUUAUCAAGAAGAGACUUCUCGCGGCACACUCAAACCAAAGCGAACUUCGUUUUUAGAAAUUUAUAUGGAAGUGAUGAACGAUGUUAGAUUGAGACAAACAUUGAGUGACGAUUUACAAUAUUUGGUGGAUCUAUCAGCUACAUCGUGUGUGUGGGGGAAAGGAAUUUUAGAAGUAAUUGUGAGAUGUUUUCCAAUUUGUGAUCCAACAGGACAUCACCUUAGUCAAUACAUGAAACGAAUUGGUGUGGAUACAAUUUCGGAAUCGGAUAACGUUGGUAAAAUUUUGAGCCACAUAACAUUCAACGCUAUAAAAGAACAUCAAAUUAGUGGUGUGGUUAAAUCUAUAAACAUAAAUGAAAUAACAGUGGAUAUGCACGAAUACAUAUUAGGUUGCGAAGAAAAUUUCAACCACAUAGUAGAACGCGUAGGUAGAAAAAUACUUAAUGAUUUAUUACCAAAGUUUAACACACUCGUUCCUAGGCUAUUCGAUUUGACAAUAGUACCCAGAGAUACAGCGAAAAUUGUUUCGCUAUAUGCACAAUGUUUGUUACGAUCUAUAGAAUGUAUAGACACAGAAGAUCCGCGGGAUAAAAAUACUAUAUGGAAUACUACUAUACGCGGUGAUGAGAUCCACGUGAAUACUAGACUUAUUCCAUACCCACCACUAGUCGAAAAUUCUCCUCUUGAAAUUCAAAGAAACGGGCGUUCUGUUUUUGAAGUGAAUAAGUGGUAUAGUAUGGGGAGUGUCGUUCUUUCUAAAUUGACUUACAAUGCUUUAAUUGGGGGAGAGCCCGUCGUAAACGCUAUAUAUUCAUGUGAUGGGAAUUCAUUCGGUAAAUAUAUAUUGUUUUUCGAGGAUAGAACUGAAGAAAUUUUUCUUUAUCAAAAAUACGUUCCAUUUGCGCAUUCUUUACCAGCCACAUUUCUACCAGAUUGGUUACAAUAUCCCGAAACCACUAUUUUAGGAGAAGCUCAAACUAUUUGGAUAGAGUUAAAAGAUCAUGAAGUUCGUAAAAUUAAAGAGGUAUAUCAAUUACAAGACAAGUUUGCGAAAGAAGAAGCUAUUUUAUAUGGAGCGUCGCUAUGUUUGAAAGAUUCCAUUAUGUAUAACUAUUGUAAUGUCAAAUCUCUAUGGUUACAAGAUUUUGCUUUAACAAUGAUAGAAAAGAAUUACGACGAAUAUAUAGCUGGUCAAUCUACUCGUAAAAUUGGAAACUCGGUUUCAUGUUUCUUUACUGAAUCAUAUACCUUUCCAGAUUCUAAAACAGCAAAACAUGGACUUCAUCAGUUUAUCGGAAAUGGUCAAGGAUGGAUAUUUCCUGAGGUAGAAAAAGCAUGUGCCGCUAUUACCUCUUUUAGAGCUUUUACGAACAACGACAAGUAUAUAGUUUUUCCAAUGAAUCCAACGAGACGUUUAAUGACAUAUAUCCUUUGGAAAUUCCUUGAAAAAGAACAAUUUCACAGAAAAAGGCAAAUUAUAAUGUAAAAAAAUAUUUUAACGAGAUCUAAUGAAUAUCAAAUACGACGAGAUUUCUUUUCAAAUCUCCCCGUGGUUUCGACUGAAUUGCAGGGUCAUUUUGUUUUGGCAAGAGAAUGUCGGAGUCUAACAGAUGCAUACACUGGGAAGAGUUUGCGUCAAU